GAAACAAAUAAGUGAAACAAAAUUUUUAAUUAUAAGAGAAAAUUUAGAUGUUAGCCUUUUCUAACACCAAUCACAGUAAGAAAGAUGAAGAUUACAAACCUUAACCCGCUUGGUACAGAAUACUUACAAAACGUAGAGCAGAGUUCGAGAGUCAGGACUCGAACUCCUGACCUCAAGUGAUCCGCCCGUCUCAGCCUCCCAAAGUGCUGGGAUUACAGGCGUGAACCACCGCGUCUGGCACAGAGCAGGGUUUCCCAACCUCUGCACUGUUGUCAUAUCUGGGCCGGAUAAUUCCUUGUAGUUGGGGGGUUCGUCUGGUGCCUAGUAGGGUGUUCAGCAGCAGAUUUGCGACUUGGCCUCCACCCACCAGUUGCCCCCCGCCGCCGCCCCCGCCACCACCACCAUUUGAGACAACCAAAAAUAUCUCCAGAUGUUACCAAAUGUCACCCGGGGAGAAAACUCACUCCAGGCUGAGAAGUACCACAUUAGACGUGUUCUAACAAAAAUUACCUGUAACCCUCACCCAGAAAUGUAAACUUUUUGUUUACAUAAAUAAAAAUUACAGAACACAGCUACAUUGAACUUGUUCCAUAGUCAGUUUUUUCUUCACUCAGUAAUGCAGCAUUAACAUUUUCGUUAUGUGAUAUCCCUCUACAGGAUGAGUUUUAAUGAAUGCUGGUGCUAACAUCGUAUGAAAUUGAGGUAGGAGGCGGGACUCUGACACCAGACCAGAUUGAGGACUGGCUAAUCAUCAUACUUUACAUAAGGAAUCCGUAGGAUUGGAGAAUUGAUUGUUUCAAGUAAGGCUGGUUUCCUUAUUUGGUUAUUUCCUUAGAAUAAUAACUCUAAAUCUGAUUAUUUCCUUAGAAUACAUUCUUAUGAGUAGAACUGCAGCUCAAACUAAAUUUGGUGCUGUCCAUUGGUAUGGCGAUGGACUUCAGAACAUCUUCCAGUCUUGCCCUUACCCCACAAGAGCCCUUUACUCGGGAUCCAUUCUCACGCAGUCUUCCUCCCCGACCGCCCCGCGCGUCCGCUCGGCAGGAUGACGAAGACGGCUUCGGGUGGGGUGGUGAGCAGUAUCGGCCUCCUCCAGCAGGGGGCGCUGUGGGAUUCGCCGCUGUCCGGGACGAACCAGCAAGCCGCUCUCGGUCCGCAGACGCUCUGCCUGCCUGCCCCAAGUUCCCCGGGAGGCCGCGGGGUUUGGGGAAGUGUUUCUAGGAGACGGCGCUCACCGGCUGCGCCUGCGCCGCUGACGCUACCGGGGCCGGCAGACGGACCCGCGGCGCUGGCUGGCGGAGGGAGUUGCUGCUUGCUCUGUGUCGCUGUCACCGCCCUGUUUCUCUAGCCUUAUGGUACGCCUGUGAGACCGGCUGCCGGCUGACGUCUCCUUGCGAUGGAGCAUAUCCGGACGACCAAGGUCGAACAAGUAAAAUUACUUGACCGAUUCAGUACCAGCAACAAGUCAUUAACAGGAACACUGUAUCUUACGGCUACACAUCUAUUAUUUAUCGACUCUCAUCAAAAAGAAACCUGGAUAUUACACCACCAUAUUGCCUCAGUAGAGAAACUUGCUUUGACUACUUCUGGAUGCCCCCUUGUGAUUCAGUGCAAGAACUUCAGAACUGUGCAUUUCAUUGUUCCCAGAGAAAGAGAUUGCCAUGAUAUUUACAACUCUUUGCUACAACUGUCAAAACAAGCAAAAUAUGAAGAUCUCUAUGCAUUUUCUUAUAAUCCCAAACAAAAUGAUUCAGAACGAUUACAAGGCUGGCAGCUUAUUGAUCUCGCUGAGGAAUAUAAGAGGAUGGGAGUGCCAAAUUCACACUGGCAGUUGUCUGAUGCCAACCGAGACUACAAGAUUUGUGAAACUUACCCCAGAGAACUUUAUGUUCCCCGGAUAGCAAGCAAACCAAUAAUUGUUGGUAGUUCCAAGUUCCGGAGCAAGGGAAGAUUCCCAGUUCUUUCCUACUAUCAUCAAGAUAAGGAGGCUGCCAUUUGUCGAUGUAGUCAACCACUCUCUGGAUUCAGUGCCAGGUGCCUGGAGGAUGAACAUUUGCUUCAAGCCAUUAGUAAAGCCAAUCCAGUCAAUCGCUAUAUGUAUGUCAUGGAUACCAGGCCAAAACGUCGCAUGCAGAGCUGGUGGGCUACACAAAAGGACAUUGGCAGAAUUAUAGUGAGGAUUUCUUCAAAAAUCCGGAAUGAUGAGAAAAUAAGAGAAAGCAAUGAGAAAAAGCGACUGAAUGCAAUGGCCAACAGAGCAGCUGGAAAAGGUUAUGAAAAUGAAGACAACUAUUCCAAUAUUAGAUUUCAGUUUGUUGGAAUUGAAAAUAUUCAUGUCAUGAGGUCCAGCCUUCAGAAAUUAUUGGAAGUCAAUGGCACUAAAGGGCUUUCUGUCAAUGAUUUCUACUCCGGUUUGGAGAGCUCAGGAUGGCUUCGCCAUAUCAAAGCUGUUAUGGACGCUGCAAUCUUCUUGGCCAAAGCAAUAACAGUUGAAAAUGCAAGUGUGUUGGUACAUUGUUCCGAUGGUUGGGAUAGGACUUCCCAGGUUUGUUCCCUGGGUUCUCUUUUAUUGGAUUCCUACUACAGGACAAUCAAAGGAUUCAUGGUUUUAAUAGAAAAGGAUUGGAUCUCUUUUGGACAUAAAUUUUCAGAGAGGUGUGGCCAAUUGGAUGGUGACCCAAAGGAAGUCUCACCAGUGUUUACUCAGUUCUUGGAAUGUGUGUGGCAUUUGACCGAACAGUUUCCACAAGCCUUUGAAUUCAGUGAAGCAUUUCUUCUUCAGAUCCAUGAGCAUAUUCAUUCAUGCCAGUUUGGAAACUUCCUUGGAAAUUGUCAAAAGGAAAGAGAAGAGCUCAAGUUGAAGGAGAAGACUUACUCCCUGUGGCCAUUUCUUUUGGAAGACCAAAAGAAGUACUUAAAUCCUCUCUACAGUUCCAAAUCUCACAGAUUUACAGUUUUGGAGCCAAAUACAGUAUCUUUCAAUUUUAAGUUUUGGAGGAACAUGUACCACCAAUUUGAUCGAACACUGCAUCCUAGGCAGUCUGUAUUUAAUAUAAUUAUGAAUAUGAAUGAGCAAAAUAAACAAUUAGAGAAAGAUAUUAAAGACCUAGAAUCUAAAAUUAAACAACGCAAAAAUAAGCAAACAGAUGGCAUCCUCACCAAGGAAUUGUUACAUUCAGUUCAUCCUGAAUCACCUAACCUCAAAACUUCCCUGUGUUUUAAAGAGCAGACUCUGCUACCCGUAAAUGAUGCUCUUCGAACUAUAGAGGGCAGCAGCCCGGCAGAUAAUCGUUAUAGUGAAUAUGCAGAAGAGUUUUCUAAAUCAGAACCUGCUGUGGUCAGCUUAGAGUAUGGUGUGGCAAGAAUGACUUGUUAGACUCAUAGAGUUUUUUCUGCAAUGAUUGCAGUACAAGAAAAGGAUUGUUGUGAGGAUGGUCUGUAAGCAUAACCAAAAGGAAUUUGUCUAAUAACAAUUUUAGGGUUUAACAGUAGGCUAAUAGUUGAAGGAAGGAUAAUAACUGCCCUUGUGAGAGAAAUAAGUCAUUUUAAUUUCAUUUCCAGCAAGGAAUGACAUUCAGUUCUGUAAGAAAUGAGUGGUAUUUGAUGUAUUUACUCAAAACACAAUUUGCACUGUACACUAGUGAAUUGACAUUUAUGAUUUAUGUUAAUUCAGCCAAACAUAAAUAACCUUCCUUAAGUACAAUUUAACUUCAAGAAAACAAAAUUUGACAACAUAGUUUCUUAAUAAAUGAUAUGGCAUGUACUUUCAAUUAUGUAGCUUUGUAACUCUGAAUAUUUACAUAUUUUGCCUUUUAGUGAUAUUUAAUGUUAAAGUGCCAUGAAAAAUAUUUCUAAGAAAGCCUUAAAUUCCCAGUGGAUUCUUUACCCUUAAGUUUUACAGCCUACAACAAGAUUUUUUGUUUUGUUUUUCUUUUGGUCAGCCUUGUUUUGUUUGUAAAGAAUUGUGCUCUCAUUACUGCUGGGGUUGCAUGCUACAAUACUUCUAUAUAAACACUUGUAGAAGUACACUGUUCACAUUUAGCCUGCCCCACUUUUGUAUUCAAAAUUAAUGAAACUGAAGGUUUAUUCUGAUCAUAAUUUGUUUAGUGCUACAUUUGAUAAUUUAUUAUUUACAGCUUAGACAGAAUAUUGAUUUCUUGAAUACGUAUAAGCACAUUUGACUGUCUUUUAUAUAUGGAUUACUGCAUUCCAUUGAUUCUUAUUUUGUGGUUGGCUUUAUUUCUUUCACAACUGUGUAAGUUUAAAGAGCUAAAGCUCUAAAACUGUUCUUAGAAACAAUGAAUAGUACAUGUAUAUGUAUAUUUUUAAACUGCCUUAUUGCUCAAUGAGUUGCUGUUCCUGGAGUAUCUAACUUUCAGUUUACUCAAAAACUUUUGGGUAAAUAAAAAAGGGAAGUACAGAUAGGUUGUGCAUGGUUGCAUGAAUUUUGAAGUGAUUUCUAUGUGGAGCAUUAUUUUUCUUCUUGUUAAAUAUAGAAAAAAAAGAAAAAUUCUAGUACAAAUUUACUGUUUAACAAAGCAACUUAAACUCUGGGAAAGAUUUUGCCAUGUUAUAUUUACUGUUUAUUCUGUGUACUAGUACAUAUCUUUAAAUUACCAAAAAACAAGAAACAAAACAUAAAAACCCCAAAACUAUCACUUGGAAUUAGCAAUAUCACCCAACUGGCUUUAAAAUUGAAAAUUUAAAUAACAUGGUGGCAUGAAGUACAAUUCGAGUAUUAGGCAAUUUGCAUAGUGUCUCUCAUGCUGCUUUCUGUUACACCUGUAUUAUAUUAGUUUUGAAUAUAAACAUCUUUUUCAGACAAAAAAAAAGCUUUAUUGUAUGAGAGCUUAUCUUAUCCUGUUUAUUUUUCCAAUGCUUUUCUGUAAUACAUUAUGUAAUUUAAAAAAUAUCCUUUUUAAACAGCAACAGAAAUGCACUAUAAAAUAUAAUAUGUGAUUAACCAAUCCUGCUUCCAUAUUUAAGUACUGGGAGUGGAAACUUAAUCUGUGUGACUACAAAGGGAAGUUUUUGUGCCUUGGUGUUCCAGUCACUGAUUGUGGUUUUAAAAUCUUCUGUGGCUGACUUCUUGUAUUCAACUCUGGUUUAUUAUCUUAAUCUUCAACUGUAGACAUAUAUUUGUGUGUUUAUAUGCUCACAGGUGGACUGAGAAAUCAGUUACAUCUUAAGUGACCUACAGGGUAUAUGUUGGCAAAAGCAGACUGUGUAUAUGUCUUAUAAAGUUGGAUUUAUGUUCAGUGUGUUUGGAAGUGUAUAGCAUGUAAAUUAUUUCAUAUAUUAUUUAAAGGUAAUUAAAUGUUCACAUUUUACUUUGAAUGUUUUUCUUCUGGAUAAAACAAAUGGAAUCAA